CAUCAAAAGUCAAGCCCCAGUACCAAUUAUAUUUCACGGGAUGCAGAACAUAGGGCGUUGCACGGUGUACUCAUCAAAUUCAAGCCUAAAAGUUCGUUAUCCUCUACAGAAUGCUUCGAGUAGUGCUAGUGCUAUUGGUAUUUUGUGUGCUGCUGAUACGACAGGCCAAUUCGCACGAAGAGUCGGGUGAAUGGAGCUGUGAGUCGGACUCUGACAUCCGGGUCCAGGCCGAGUUCGGACCCGGUCUUAUUACGCUCGAUGGUCAUGCCGACGACUGGAAGGACAUGGAUGGGUUCGAGUUCUCUCUCCGCCCUGCCCUUGACCCAGAUGCUGAAAACGAGUACAGAGGUGGAAAAAUGACAGUUAAGGCUUUGCAUGAUGGCCGUGAUGUCUUCUUUAUGGUUCAAGUUGAUGGGGACUACGCUUACUCUAAGGGGUAUGUUUUUUGGUGGAAGGAAUGA